AUGCCGCUGCCCGUCGCACGCCGCCCCAUCUCGCUGCCUGCGCUUCCAAACCAUCAUGGAGGCAUCCGCCCAAGUGCACGACCGGCCAUUUCCAUGGGUCUGCCUCGCCUGGUUGGGUCUGCUGGAAGCAAGCACGGCGGAUUUGCCGCCUACAUCCAAUCCGCUCCCAACGAAACGCAGCUUCUCGCUCUCCCGCCAUCGCAGUCCCAGCAGCAGUUCCAGCAGCAGCAGCAUCUGUCGCAGCCGUUCCAAACGUCGUCGCAGCCGUGCGUGUCUCUGUCGCAGCAGCCAACGCAAACGCCGUCGCAAUCCAUCCUGUGGCCGAGCAACGACGGCUGCUCGCAAGAUCCCCACCUUCUGUCGCAGUGGCAGGUCCUGCCGCUUGUGCCAUCCCAGCAUCAACAGUCCCAGCAUCAGCAUCAGCAGCAGCAUCAGCCGCAGCUCAUCCAGCCGCCGAUCGAGCGCUUCUUCCCGCUCGCCGCCGCACAGCCCUCGCUCGCCUCCCUCGCGUCCAUGCUGCAAGUCCCUGACUCAAAUCGUCCAAGCGCGCUCCCUCCUGCACAGAGCCAGAGCAGCCAAGUCGCCGCUCACUGGCCGUCGGUCGCUGCUGCUGCGGCGGCGCCCGCGUUGAACGAAAGCAGUCUUGGCGCGAACAGUUUGGCGUUCAUCCGAGGCGUUCAACCCGUUCCCGCCAAAAUGGCAACUCCCGCCAUGACCAUGCCACCGAGCUCCGAACUCUCGGCCCAGCAGCUGGCGUACUACAAGAGCCUUGUUGCUGCUACUGCUGCUACUGUGUCUGUGAAGCCUGCUGCAGCAACAUUGGUGGCACAUGCGGGUCCGGCGGGCGCGACGCAGACUUUGUCUUCCGCUUUCUCUGUUCCCGCGCCUGGUAGCCACAGCACUGCUUUCGCUAGAGCAUCCAAGUCAAGCAGCUCCUCUGGCAUUGUUGAGCUGGACGACCAUUCGAGCAGCUCUGCAAGCAAUGCAAAGCGCUCGGCGGCACCGUCAAAGUCGAGAACAGCGGCUCAGGAGAACAGGCCCCGCUCGGCAUCCGCUCAAGCCACGACUGCACCCGCUGUGGCAGCUGCGGUGGGACCCCUGCCGCUGGCACCCUCUGUGCAGCCGGCCGCGGCCAAUUCGGACCACAAUGCGGUUCUUGCGGUCGCCUUGCGCCAAGCAUUCGGCGCUGACAUUCUGGCACUGCAAGGCUACAUUAACACCUGGCAUGAUUCUCAUGCAGGCGGAAGCACUGCAGGCACUGAUGAGGUUGCUUCUCGUUCUGCGCCUGCGAGUCAUGUCGCCCCUGCUGCCAGAGAUGGCUCCGCUGUCACACCCGCGAGUCCAGUCAGCUCCGUCUCCAGCUAUUCUUCGACCAGCUCGGAGGAGAGCAGUAGUUCUUACUCCAGCUCUCAUGACAGCGAGACAACGGCAACCCACGCUCGCCCAGCUCUCAAGCAGAUCAAGUCGGUUGUUCCGGCCAAGUCCAUCGCGAAAUCGGGUCCAGCAGAAGUCACCCGUCGCGCUGGUCGUCCUGGCCGCAAGCCCAAACUCGCCGCGUCCGCUAGUGGCACAGCUCCCGCUCAGUCACCUGGAGAGUCCGUCCCCUCGAGAAUGCGCACUCGUUCCCAGCUCUGCUCAAAGACGAGUCGAGGCAACAAACCGAGCAACAACCCCGCUGCGCGUCCAACCAAACCCGCGCCGAUUGUGUCGGCUUUGCGUCUAGGUUGCACUCCCAAGCAGCAGCAACCGCAACAGGCGCGAAGCCUCGAGUCUACCGCCGGCAUGGAAACAAAGCUGGACAAGGUGCAAACCUCACUGAACGAGCUACACAGGAAGCAAACUGACAUGGAGAACAAGGUGGCAGGUCUUUGCUCUGUGAUUGAGGAUCACACGAACGACAUGUCGCUUGAAGCCCAGCAGACGAGCAAUCAAUUUGCCUUGCUGAACGAGAUGAUGGUUCGAGCUACGCGUGACCUCGUCGCUGCACAGGAAGUUCGCCACCAACAGAUCAUCGGUCUGCUGCAUCAAAUGCAAGGGCAGCAGCAGCAGCAGCAGCUCGUGCAUCAAGCGCAACCCGCACCCAACUGGCAACAGUCCUCUGCUCCUGUUCCUGUUCCUGAUGAGCCGUCGAUGGCAAGCAAUGGCACCUCCAGUCCGGAAACAAUGACAAGCUUGUCAAUCACGCUCCCGAGUCGAACUACCCUACUGCCAACGCCGUCCGAUCGAAGUGUGCCCACAGGAUAUGAUCUGUUGCUGGGAUCUCAGUCUCCUUCGAUCCGCCGGGUCCGAGCGCGCUCCGUCGGUUCAAACGAGGUGCCAGAUGACAAGCGUGCGCGUCGUCGCCUGGCCCCUGACGAGUUCCUCGACUCCAAUCUGACCAUUCUCAAGAGGGAACUGUCCACACUUUGUCAAAAUGCGAUGGCGAGUCCUUCUUCGUCUCCCUGA